AUGGCUGUCACACAGGAACAAGAACAAACCCUCGGCCACAAAGAUCUAGCUCACAAGACCCUCCUUCAGAGCGAUGCACUCUACCAGUAUAUACUUGACACCAGUGUACACCCAAGAGAACAUGAAAGCCUCAAGGAGCUCAGACAGAUGACAAAAAACCACCCUUGGAACCUCCUGGCUAUACCACCAGACGAAGGACAAUUUCUGAGCAUGCUUGUUAAGCUCAUGAAUGCCAAGAACACAAUGGAAAUUGGUGUAUACACCGGUUACUCUCUUCUUUCCACUGCCCUGGCUCUUCCCACUGAUGGAAAGAUUUUGGCUUUGGAUGUGAAACGCGAAUACUAUGAUAUGGGUUUACCCUUCAUUGAAAAAGCUGGUGUGGCUCACAAGAUCGACUUCAGAGAAGGACCUGCUCUUCCUUUUCUUGACGAGCUGCUUAAAGAUGAAAGUAAGAAGGGAAGCUUGGAUUUCGUUUUCGUGGACGCUGACAAGGAUAACUACUUGAACUAUCAUAAGAGGGUGAUUGAGCUAGUGAAGAUCGGGGGGCUGAUUGGGUACGACAACACCCUAUGGCAUGGAUCUGUGGCUGCACCACCUGAUGCACCUAUGGAUGAUUUCGUCAAGACUCAUCGCGCUCAUAUGAUUGAGCUCAACAAGUAUCUGGCUCAAGAUUCUAGGAUUGAGAUUUGCCAGCUCCCUGUGGGUGAUGGCCUUACCCUGUGCCGCCGCAUGAUCUGAUCUUUUCUUCCCAUCCCAUGACCACCUUUC